CUGCCCCCGCCCGAGGGAGAGCAGAGGAGCGUUAAUACAUCUACGAGCUAAAGAGGAAACUCUGGCUGGGGCAGCGAGCGGCGGCCCGAACGGCAGCGCCGGGGGCGGCUACGGCGGCAGCGGCACAACGGACAAAAUACAAUAGAGGCAGCAACAGAAGGGAGCCCGUGGUCCUCUCCUCUCCAGUAAACACACUCCCCUCCACCACCCCCUGCAGCACCGCGCGCGGUGCCGCCCGGUGCCCGAGGCCGCUCGGACUGCUAUGUAACCGCGAGACCGCGGGAGGAAGGGGACCGGGGAGAAGAGGCUCGCCCGUGGGGGCCAAGUUUGCGGCCACUUCUGCACGCGCUUUCCUUAGCCCCCGCUUGCAGUUUCCUGCAGCCCAGCUGGCCCGGGUGUCCUUCGCCGCCGCCUCGCGUGCCCAGCAGCCGCGGCUCCCGGCGACCAUGGUGACGGUGGAGGAGCUGCGGGAGAUGGACUGCAGCGUGCUCAAAAGGCUCAUGAACCGGGAAGAGAACGGCGGUGCGGGCGGCAGCGGCAGCCACGGCGCCUUGGGGCUGCUGAGCGGCGGCAAGUGCCUGCUGCUGGACUGCAGACCGUUCCUGGCGCACAGCGCGGGCUACAUCCGAGGCUCGGUCAACGUGCGCUGCAACACCAUCGUGCGGCGGCGGGCCAAGGGCUCCGUGAGCCUGGAGCAGAUCCUGCCCGCGGAGGAGGAGGUGCGCGCCCGCCUGCGCUCCGGCCUCUACUCGGCGGUCAUCGUCUACGAUGAGCGCAGUCCGCGCGCCGAGUGUCUCCGCGAAGACAGCACCGUGUCGCUGGUAGUGCAGGCGCUGCGCCGCAACGCCGAGCGCACCGACAUCUGCCUGCUGAAAGGUGGCUAUGAGAGGUUUUCCUCCGAGUACCCAGAAUUCUGUUCCAAAACGAAGGCCCUGGCCACCAUCCCACCUGCUGUGCCCCCCAGCACUGCCGAGUCCUUGGAUGUGGGCUGUGGCUCCUGCGGAACCCCUCUGCACGACCAGGGGGGUCCUGUGGAGAUCCUUCCCUUCCUCUACCUCGGCAGUGCCUACCACGCUGCCCGGAGGGACAUGCUGGAUGCCCUGGGGAUCACGGCCCUGUUGAACGUGUCCUCCGAUUGCCCAAACCACUUUGAAGGACACUAUCAGUACAAGUGCAUCCCGGUGGAAGAUAACCACAAGGCAGACAUCAGCUCCUGGUUCAUGGAGGCCAUCGAGUACAUUGAUGCCGUGAAGGACUGCCGCGGCCGGGUGCUGGUGCACUGCCAGGCGGGCAUCUCGCGCUCGGCCACCAUCUGCCUGGCCUACCUGAUGAUGAAGAAGCGGGUGCGGCUGGAGGAGGCCUUCGAGUUCGUGAAGCAGCGGCGGAGCAUCAUCUCGCCCAACUUCAGCUUCAUGGGGCAGCUGCUGCAGUUCGAGUCGCAGGUGCUGGCCACGUCCUGCGCCGUGGAGGCCGCCAGCCCGUCCGGGCCCCUGCGGGAGCGGGGCAAGGCCACCCCCACCCCCACGUCGCAGUUUGUCUUCAGCUUCCCGGUGUCGGUGGGCGUGCAUUCGGCCCCCAGCAGCCUGCCCUACCUGCACAGCCCCAUCACCACGUCCCCCAGCUGCUAGGGCCGCUCCGAGCCGCCCCUGAGCGCGCCGGCCCCGCCGGGACUGACCAGCGCGGCCAGCGGGUGGCCAAGCCCCUCCCCGGCCGCCCCUCCUGGGCCAGCCUGGAGCCAGCUAGAAUGGCAAUAAGGACUUCAAAUACACAUAACCACGAGCAAACAAAACACUCCAACCUAGAGCAAUAACGGCUGCGGCUGCCUCGGCGGGCAGGGAAGACCUUGGUUUGGUUUGUGUGUCUGUUACUUUUCAGAUAGGAAUUUCUUACCUCAUUUUUUUAAGCGGUAAGGCUUGAAGUUCGGAAACCCACAGAUCCUGGCAAAUGUGCCCAUCCGGUUUUAUUAAGGGGGGGGGAGGGGGGGGGAGUGGGAAAGGGACACAAAGAAAACGAGGUUGCCAGAAGUGCCUGGUUCUGUGUGCUUCGUCCUUUAUUGGUUCUUGUAACAGGUUUUAUUAUUUUUGUUUGUUUUUUGUUUCUGUUGUGGUCUUUUUGUUUCCGUGUUUUGAAGAAAUCUUACAGGACGUGGUUUUCCUUUCGAAGUCACCAACAGGUGAAUAAUUACGCUAAAUAAUAAAUAAAAGUAUUUAUUAAGAAUUUCCUCAGAGUAUGUAAGUA